AAAUGUCGCAGCUUCAUUGACCUGGCCCCGGCAUCGGAGAAAGGGGUCCUGUGGCUGUCUGUGGUCUCCGAGGUGCUGUACAUUCUGCUACUGGUGGUUGGCUUCAGCCUCAUGUGUCUCGAGCUCUUCCACUCCAGCAAUGUCAUCGACGGGCUCAAGCUCAAUGCCUUCGCGGCUGUCUUCACGGUGCUCUCAGGCCUCCUGGGAAUGGUCGCCCACAUGAUGUACACACAAGUGUUCCAGGUUACCGUAAGCCUCGGCCCUGAAGACUGGAGACCCCAUUCCUGGGAUUACGGGUGGUCCUUCUGCCUGGCGUGGGGCUCCUUUACCUGCUGCAUGGCAGCCUCUGUCACCACGCUCAACUCCUACACCAAGACGGUCAUUGAGUUCCGGCACAAGCGCAAGGUCUUUGAGCAGGGCUACCGGGAGGAGCCGACCUUCAUAGACCCUGAGGCCAUCAAGUACUUCCGGGAGAGAUGGCAAAUGGAGGCACAUUUAGGGAGGGCAACUUGCCCCAGGUCACACAGCUGGAUGGAGAAGAGGGACGGGAGCGAGGAGGAGGACUUUCACUUAGACUGCCGCCAUGAGAGAUACCCUGCCCGACACCAGCCACACAUGGCGGAUUCCUGGCCCCGGAGCUCCGCACCGGAAGCACCAGAGCUGAACCGACAGUGCUGGGUCUUGGGGCACUGGGUGUGACCAAGACCUCAACCUGGCCCCCGGACCUCAGGCCAUCGCUGGCACCAGCCCCUGCUGCAAGACCACCAGAGUGGUGCCCCCAGAACCUUGGCCUGUGUGCCGUGAACUCAGUCAGACUGCGUGGGAGAUGCCAGGCCUGUCCUGCCCAUCACUGCCUGGGCCCGAGGGCCUUGAAAAUGGGGCCAGGGCAGGCCCAAGGGAAUGCACAGGGCUGCACAGAAUGACUUUGGGACAGCAGCCCCGGACUCUUGCCAUCACCACAUGAGGAGCCCUGCCGGGCACAGCUGCGAUGACAGAAGACACAUGGCCACUGGCCACUGAAUGACUGGCACCCACAAGCCAGUCAGGUGCCCAGAGGGGCAGAGCCCUGUGGGGGGCAGAGAGUGGCUUCCUGAAGAAGGGGGCAGUGGUGCAGGCACUGCAGCGGUGUCACACAGCAGGCACACAGCAGGGGUUCAAUAAAUGCUUGUUGAACUUGU